AUGCAGGCCCUCACGGUCUCGAAUGACUUUCCCAAGAUCUUCAACUACGGCGACGUCUACCUCGGCCUCACCGGACUGGCCACCGAUGUCACUACCGUGUCCGAGAUGUUCCGCUACAAGGUCAACAUGUACCGGCUCCGCGAGGAGCGUGAUAUCGAGCCCGAGACAAUGGCGAACCUGGUCUCGUCGUCGCUGUACGAGAAACGCUUUGGGCCGUACUUUGUCAGCCCGGUGAUUGCGGGCAUCAACCAGCACUCGCAGAAGCCGUUUGUGUGUGGGUUUGACUCUAUUGGGUGCAUCGAUUUCGCAAAGGACUUUAUCGUCAGCGGUACGGCGAGUGACCAGUUGUUUGGUACCUGCGAGAGCUUGUGGGAGCCGGAUAUGGAACCUGAGGAUCUGUUCGAGACAAUCUCGCAGGCGAUGCUGAACUCUGUUGAUCGUGAUGCGCUGUCCGGUUGGGGUGCUCACGUCUAUGUUAUCACGAAGGACAAGGUCGUCAAGAGGCUGCUCAAGGGUAGACAGGAUUAG